GACACAGCCCCCAGAAAAGCAGAGAAGCUGAAACCAGCUCAGAAACCUCCAACUCUCACACUGAAGCUGGUGCUCCUACCCUCCACCAUGCAGGUCUCUGCAGUCAUUCUGUGCCUGAUGCUCACAGCAGCCACCUUCAGCACCCCCCUGCUGGCUCAGCCAGAUGGAGUUAAUGCCCCAGUCUGCUGCUAUAUAUUUAACAAAAAGAUCCCACUGAAGAGGGUGGUGAGCUAUGAAAGAAUCACCAGCAGCAGGUGUCCCAAAGAAGCUGUGAUCUUCCAGACCAUAGCGAACAGGGAGAUCUGCGCUGACCCCACGCAGAAGUGGGUCAAGGACUACAUUGCCAAACUGGACCAGAAAACCCAGCUGAAACAGAAUUCAACUGCACCAGCAACUUCAAUCCUCUUGAACACUAGCUUCACCACCCAAGAGCCUAAAAACCUGUAGCUAAUUUAUCUACCACUGUAUUUCCUCAAUAACCUCUAGUACUAGUAUGAACUUUAUUGAUAUGAAACAUGAUGUCUUAAGUAAUGUUAAUCUUAUUUAACUUAUUGGUAUUUUAAUUUUAUCUUCCGUGAGUAUUAGUAUUUGUAGAGACUUGGGAACUUUGUUCUCUUUCUAUGAAACCCAAUUCUACACCUGGGAUGUUAUUAAGGUCUUUGCAAGGAUCUUGAAUGCAAAAAAAAAUUGUUUUAAAUUUCAAAACACCGCUAAAAAUAUUGUUGUGAAAGUGAAUAUUAUAUAACUAUUGAAUUAAAAAAUAU